AUGUAUAAAGGCGAGAGUGAUUCUCUCAUUGAAUCAGAUACCAUGGCUCCACAGCACAGUGACGAUAACAAUAAGGAGGGAGACAACCGGCAGCCAAGCGUUGCACCUCCUCUUGAAACGGUAUUCCAGCGAUCCAACAUGAAUGAAAACGAUAGUGCUGCAGAAUGGAAGGACACACUAUCUGCAGGUACGAAACGACGAAGGGGUGAAGAACUAGCGAAAUGGGAACUGGCAAGCAAACGAGAGGCAAGUCGAUUGAGCUCGAUGCGUUGCCAAGAACGGAAACGGAAACGAAUGGACUAUUUGAAGGAUGAAGAAGAUAGAUUGAAGGUUCAGAAUCAGAAUAUGCUACAGCAAAACAAUUCUCUUCGAUUACUGAUAUCUGUGAUAAGGCAAAGUUUAAGUGUGAUUCCACCGCAGAACGUGCAAACCAACCCGAUUGGAAUGGCACAAGGUGGAGGACCCGCUCUCUAUAACCAAGGAGUAUUCGGUGCAGUGCAGCAAGUUCAGCAACAGCCCCACUUCGUUGGCAUUCCACAGAUACCAGCACCUAAUAAUCUCAACCUAUCAAUCGCAUGGAUGGCUUCGAUGAAUCAACAAAUGCCUGGGCUACCUAACCAAACGCUACCCUCCUUGGCGAAUCCUCCUCCUGUUGCUCAGUUUCAGCAGCCAUUUAUUGUGGCCCCGAAUACGAUCAACCCGCAGAUGCAAAUCAAUCUUUUCCAGAAUGCUUUGCCUGCGCAAAAUAAUCUUCCUGCUCUACAGAACCUUUUCGCCAUGGCACAGCAGGCAGGACUACAACAACAACAACAACAACAACCGCAACAUCAACUUCAACAUCAACAUCAACAUCAACAACAGCAACAACAACAACAACAACAACCGCAAUAUCAACAACAACCGCAAUAUCAACAACAACUACAACUACAACAACUACAACAACUACAACAACUAGGGAACAUGAUGAUGCCACAACAAGCAAAUCCAGUUCAACAACAACAGCAGCAGCAACAGCAACAGCAACAACAGGUAAUUUUGCAACCGAUUCCUCAUAGAAUGGCCAUCAGCAUAGACAUGGUGAAUGGCGAAGAAGAACAUAAUAAUUUGAAGAAUUCAUGA